CCAUAUCUACGAUCGACAACUCGAUGAUCGACUAGGCAAAAUUUCGGGCAAAAUGGCGGACAAAACGCCAGGGACGCAGAAAGCCAGCGCGAAGGCGCUGCUGGAGAGCAAGCUGAAGGCCUUCAGUAUUGGUAAAAUGGCUGUUGCUAAAAGAACACUCAGCAAGAAAGAGCAAGAUGAAAUUAAAAAAAAGGAGGAUGAGCGAGCAGCAGCUGAGAUAUAUGAAGAGUUCCUGGCUGCUUUUGAAGGAGGAGAAGGCAAAGUCAAGACUUUUGUCAGAGGUGGAAUUGCUAAUGCAACAAAAGAAGAGGCUGAAGCUGAUGAGAAGAGAGGAAAGCUCUACAAACCAAAGUCACGAUUUGCGGAGAUGAAACCUACUCUGCCAAUGGAAACUCCUCCACAAUAUUUAUCAGUUGAUAAAAAGAAUGUAAAGAGGGGGGAGAAGGAGAAGAAAAAAAGCAACCUGGAACUCUUUAAAGAAGAACUGAAGCAGAUACAGGAGGAGCGAGAUGAACGACACAAGAUGAAAGGCAGAGUGAGCCGAUUUGAACCUCUUUCCCAUGUGGAAGGAAGGCGAUCCUUCUUGGAUGAUUCGGCCCCCGGCUCACAUGAUGUAGGAGAUCCUUCUACAACUAAUUUAUACCUUGGGAACAUUAACCCACAGAUGAACGAGGAGAUGCUGUGCCAAGAGUUUGGUCGAUAUGGCCCCCUGGCUAGCGUGAAGAUCAUGUGGCCCAGAACCAAUGAGGAGAGAGCACGGGAGAGGAACUGUGGCUUCGUGGCUUUCAUGACAAGGAGAGAUGCUGAGCGAGCAUUGAAGCAUCUGAACGGCAAGAUGAUCAUGAAUUUUGAGAUGAAGCUGGGCUGGGGCAAGGGCGUGCCUAUCCCUCCACACCCUAUCUACAUCCCACCCUCCAUGGUGGAGCACGCGCUACCGCCACCCCCUUCAGGACUGCCCUUCAACGCACAGCCCCGGGAGAGGCUAAAGAACCCCAAUGCCACGCUGCUACCGCCCCCUACCAACAAGGAGGAGUUUGAAAAGACUCUGUCGCAAGCCAUAGUCAAAGUGGUAAUCCCAACAGAAAGGAAUUUGCUUUCUCUCAUCCACCGAAUGAUCGAGUUUGUGGUGCGUGAAGGUCCCAUGUUUGAGGCCAUGAUCAUGAACCGUGAGAUCAACAACCCGAUGUUCAGGUUUUUGUUUGAGAACCAAAGUCCCGCUCAUGUGUACUACAGAUGGAAGCUCUUUUCCAUACUACAGGGAGAUUCUCCUACCAAGUGGAGGACAGAGGAUUUCCCCAUGUUCAAGAAUGGGUCUUUGUGGCGUCCCCCACCCCUGAACCCUUACCUGCAUGGGACACUGGAUGAGAAUGAGGACAGUGAGGAAGAGGAGGAGGCCUCCAAGAAGGGGUGUUUGAAAGAGGAUGAAAGGGACAAACUAGAAGAGCUCCUGAGGGGCCUGACACCCAGGAAAAGUGACAUUGCGGAUGCUAUGUUCUUCUGCCUGAGUCAUGCCGAUGCUGCAGAGGAGAUCGUAGAGUGCAUUGCAGAGUCUCUAUCCAUACUCAAGACUCCACUGCCAAAAAAGAUUGCACGACUAUAUUUGGUCUCCGACGUGUUGUACAACUCAUCAGCUAAAGUCUCCAAUGCUUCUUAUUAUAGAAAAUUCUUUGAGACAAAACUCUGCCAGAUUUUUGCAGACCUCCAUGCUACCUACAAAACAAUACAAGGCCAUCUGCAGUCUGAAAACUUUAAGCAAAGAGUGAUGUCUUGCUUUCGUGCAUGGGAGGACUGGGCCGUGUAUCCGGACCCCUUCCUGAUCAAGCUGCAGAACCUUUUCCUGGGUUUGGUAAACCUGGGGCCAGAUCAGGAAAGCUCUGCUCCAGUUGUUGAGCCUGAGCCUACAGAUGAUAUUGAUGGAGCCCCCAUUAUCGAGGAGGAGUUGGAUGGGGCGCCACUGGAGGACGUAGAUGGCGCACCCAUUGAUGGAGCUCCACUGGACGACCUAGAUGGAGUUCCCAUAAAGCCCCCUGAGGAUGACCUGGAUGGAGUUCCCUUGGAUGCCUCUGGCCUAAAACCAGCUUUUAAAGUGGCUCCAUCCAAAUGGGAGGCAGUGGAUGGAUCCACCUUGGAAGCACAAGCUGUCACCACCUCCAAAUGGGAAAUAUUUGACCAGCCAGAAGAAGCCAGUCAAGGCCAGCAGGUAGAGACUGAGCAAAAUGAGGAUGAUGAGGACAGCAGGAGCUCUCACUCAGCAGAGCAGCGGUCCUACUCCAACCCUGUCAGGGAUGAUGACUCUGACCCCAGAUCUGCGAAGUACUCAGAGAUGAGCGAAGAGAAGCGUGCUAAAUUGCGGGAGAUUGAGCUUAAAGUGAUGAAGUUUCAAGAUGAGUUGGAAUCAGGAAAGAGACCCAAGAAAUCUGGACAGAGCAUUCAGGAGCAGGUGGAACACUACCGAGACAAAUUGCUGCAAAGGGAAAAAGAAAUUGAAAGGGAGAGAGAAAAGGAAAAAGAAAAGGACAAAAAAGAAAAGGAAAAAACAGAUGUUCGUUCGAAAGACAAAAAAGAAAAGGAAGAUUCACCCACAUCCAAGAAGGAGAAGAAACGCAGACACAGCGCCUCUCCCAGCCCCACACGUAGCAGUGGUCGGCGGGCACGCUCCCCCUCCCCCCGCUCGGAGCGCUCCGACAGGUCUUCACGAAAGGGUGACUCUCGGUCCCGCUCCUCACACAGGGAUUCCCCAAAGGAGACCAACAGAAAAUCCUCAAAGAGGUCACCUUCAUCACCCAGAACACCCAAACGUUCACGAAGGUCUCGAUCAAGGACUCCUAAGAAGUCAGGGAAAAAGUCCAGGUCACGGUCCAGGUCUCCACACCGGUCACACAAAAAAUCGAAGAAGAGCAAACACUGACAAGUCGUAUCCCCUCAUGCCCUCACCCUUCAGUUCCCUUUCUGUACUGUAAACAUGACUGGAGUUGGUUUUUUUUUUUUUUUUUACGUGCCUGAAAGUUUAAAAGGUUUUUUGUCUUACUCGCCUUUGUUUUCUAAAAACGCUAUGCAUGUGUUGCCAUGCUGUGUCAGUGAAUAGAGCCAACACUGUUUUAUAUUGUAAAGUAAUGAGCUUACCCGUUGUCCCAUAGGAAAAUCAAUCUUGUUGCAGACGAGCUCUGUAUCUAGCUUUGAUGACAUUAGGAUUAUUUUCUUUUUUUGUAGUACACAUUAAAAUUAA